GCUGAUGAACUCACUCCGGUGCUCUAGUUUGAAGCUCGCCGUGCUUUUGCUUCUCACUUGUUUGCUGCUGCUUCUGCUGCUUUCGGCGAUGAACCUACGUCUUUAACCUGCGUGUCAUUGCUCGUGGAGCUUCUCCGUCAAUUGAAUAAGCUGUAGAAGAGCUCUGACGCAGGUGGAGAGCGUUCUUGUAGCGGGAGAUAUAAUUCUUGGUGGUAGCAUGUAGUUUUGGGGGAUUGGGAGGAGCAAUUUGGAUUUGGCGAUGGCGGCAUUGUCGUCGGCCUGGGGCGUGGUUGCCUUGGAAAGCAGAGGAGGGUUGGGGCACAGAGGGCAGGAUGGUAAUGUCAGCUCUUGCAGCGGGAGGAGCGACAGUGGCGUGGAGUGUGCAAUGAGGUCGACGAGGGCGAGCCAGCGAAAGAUUGCGUCCAUGCGGAUUAAGCUUCAGUCGGCGCUGUCGAGGUGUGAAGCGCUUUUGUCAUUGUCAGUGUAUCCCGUCCGAAGUUCAGUGCAUAGUCGAGCUCUAAAAGUGGAUGAUGUUUUAGUGACUGAGAGCUGGCUCAGUAGCGAAGAAGAAGUUUCAUGUCAUGAUGCCGAAGAAGCGAUGGCGUUAGCAUUGGAAGCUGUGAAGGCUGCCAGGGCUGCUUCCUCAUACGCAGAUGCGAUGAAAGUGGAGAACGACGAAUUCCCGUCGGAAUUCGAUUUGCUGAGGUUGGAGAGGGCUAGGUUGAAUGAUAUGGAGCAGACUUUUCGGGAGGAUUAUCAUGCCGAGGCUGCAAUGCUAGAAGCAGAGCAGAGCUAUGUUCAGAAAUUAGAAUUGUUGUUGGAAGAUGUAUCCACUCUUGUUGGCGAGGCAGAGGGUACCUCUUCGGUAGUGGCAAAUCCAGGUUCCGAAAAUGCGGAGACUCUAGAUGUGUUGCCCCCAACCAAGGUUUCUAAUGUCGCAGUGAAAUCGAAGCGUAAAGGAGAGAGACGAAAGAAGCGCGAGCGUGCGUUGGAAAAGGCGGAGAAGUUAGCAACUGCUCUUGCUUCUGCGCCUCCUGCGCCUAGGCCCAAGAAACCCCAGAUCUCGCAGGAACCUACAGACCCGGUUCGUGCAUAUUUGCGCGAUAUUGGAAAAACCAAGUUGCUCACAGCAUCGGAGGAAGUUGCUCUUUCUCGAAAAAUCCAGGAUCUUCUUGUGCUGGAGAAAGUAAAAAGUGAUUUACAGCGAGAGAUAGGAAGGGAGCCCAGCAUUGGUGAAUGGAGUCGAGCUGUAGGGAUGGAGCAGAAUGCAUUUGAAUUGCGAGUUAAGGAGGGCCGAUAUUCGAAGGAUAAAAUGGUGAACUCGAAUUUGCGGUUGGUUGUAUCGAUUGUCAAAAACUAUCAAGGCCGGGGCAUGACUCUUCCUGAUUUAAUUCAGGAAGGGAGCAUGGGCUUGAUUAGGGGAGCCGAGAAAUUUGACCCGGACAAAGGGUUCAAGUUCAGUACUUAUGCACAUUGGUGGAUUAGGCAGGCUGUAACACGGGCAAUUGCGGAUCAAUCUAGGAUCAUUCGUUUACCAAUUCAUUUAUACGAAGUUAUAUCUCGUAUCAAUAAGGCCAAGAAGAUGCUGAUUCAGGAGCAUGGGCGGCAGCCACGUGACGAAGAAGUUGCUGAACUGGUUGGUAUGAGUGUAGAGAAAUUGAAAUUCAUAGUGAAGUCAGCUAAAACCCCAAGUUCGAUGGAUCGGCUUAUUGGCAAAGAAAAGGAUCAGUCAAUAGGGGAAAUGAUCGCUGACAAAGACGUUGAAUCACCUGAGGAUGAUCUCAUAAGGCAAGUCCUGAAACAAGAUGUAGAUGGUGUUCUAUGCACUCUCAAUCCAAGGGAAAGAGAAGUCCUCAGACUGCGUUUUGGACUGGACGAUGGCCAGUCGAGGACUUUAGAAGAAAUUGGGACACUCUUUAAAGUGACUCGGGAGAGAAUAAGGCAAAUAGAGGCUAAAGCAAUGCGCAAGCUGAGGCAGCCAAGUCGGAAUGGGGUUCUACGGGAGUACUUAGACGUGAAAGAUGGCUAAUGGAUCAUCAUUCCAAUGGCAAUGCACACAAAUCUGCAAAUAGUUAACAUUCAAUAAAGCUUGAACUGUUACGUUCAAUCUUUAAGGCUGUCAAGGCUGUGUUCAUCAUUCAUGCCUCAGUAUCACCGCUAGCUGCCUUCGUGACAACAGAGAAAGAAAUAUCCAUUUUUCGGGGCUGUUUUAAUGCAGUACGUUUUUUACGUGUUUAUGUUGUAUAUAUAUAUAGAGAUAUAGAUAUAUUUUCUUCUCUUUUCUUUUUUCCUAGUAAUUGUAAUCUGCUCAACAUUCACAAUAAGAAAAGUAGAGGGCAUUCAAACACUGUUCAAGAAA